AUGACAUCUAACAAUGCCAACAAUGGCGCCGAUAGUGCUGAAAUCGAUCCCAUCUAUCAGAAUCUCGACUGGGCAAUUGGUCAGACAUUGAUUAUGGGAUGGGAUGGAACAGAGGUCACGCCCCAGAUCAGAACACUCAUCGAGGACCACCAUCUAGGCUCCAUUAUUCUCACAGCCAAGAAUCUCAAAUCUGCUCAACAAACUGCCAGGCUGGUCCAAGAGCUGCAGACCAUUGCGCAAAAUGCCGGUCACCCUCAGCCACUUCUCAUUGCCGUUGACCAGGAGAAUGGUGGUGUUAACAGCUUGUUCGACGAAGACUAUGUCUGUCAAUUUCCCAGCGCCAUGGGAAUCGCGGCUGCUGGCAGCCCAGAGCUGGCAUAUGAGGUUACCAAGGCUACGGCGACGGAAAUCUCUGCUUGUGGUGUCAAUCUGAUGCUAGGUCCGGUUCUUGAUGUCUUGAACAAUGCUCGCUACCAACCCCUUGGAGUGCGCGCCACUAGCGACGACCCCCAAGAGGUGUCACAGUAUGGUCUCGCUGCCAUGGCUGGUAUUCGCGACGCCGGUAUUGCCACUUGUGGCAAGCACUUCCCCUCGUAUGGCAACCUCGAUUUUCUAGGAUCUAGUUUGGACGUACCCAUCAUUACUCAGACCCUCGAAGAGCUCAGUCUCAGCGCCCUUGUCCCGUUUCGCAAUGCAGUCGCCUCGGGCAAACUAGAUGCCAUGUUUGUUGGUGGAUGCGGCCUGUCUAACCCCUCUAUGAAUGUCAGUCACGCAUGCCUGUCGGAUCAGGUUGUCGAUGACAUGCUUCGCAACGAAUUAGGCUUCAGAGGUGUUGCCAUCUCCGAAUGUCUUGAGAUGGAGGCUUUGAGCCACGACUUGGGUGUGCAAAACGGCGUUGUUAUGGCCGUUGAAGCUGGUUGCGAUCUGGUGCUUCUUUGCCGAGCCUACGACAUUCAGCUAGAAGCCAUUCAAGGUCUUAAGUUGGGUCUGGAGAACGGUAUUAUCACCAAGGAACGAAUAUUCACCUCUCUGCGGCGAGUCCUCCACCUGAAAACCAGUUGCACCUCGUGGUCCAAGGCUCUUAACCCUCCCGGCAUCUCUUUGCUUUCUCAGCUGCAUCCUUCACACCUCACCUUAUCACGGCGCGCAUUUGAUGAAUCGAUCACAGUCAUUCGAGACAAAGAGCAGCUACUGCCCCUUUCACAAUCGAUGCAUCCCGGCGAGGAAUUGCUACUCCUGACUCCUCUUGUCAAACCACUUCCGGCAUCUUCGCUGACCAAGAGUUUACUUGAUGCCAAGCAGGAUCAGUCACUUGCCACGGGUAACCAUGAACGGUGGGUACACCGACGCCAGGACAGGACCGCGCACAUGAGUGGAGAGGGUGUCUUUCGCGAGUUUGGCAAAACCUUGGCACGAUACCGGAAUGAGAAGCUGCUGCACACCAGCUAUACAGCCAAUGGUGUUAGACCAGUACAUGAAAACCUCAUUAACCGCGCAUCUUGUAUUAUUAUAUUUACCGCCGAUGCCAAUAGAAACCUGUAUCAAGCAGGUUUCACAAAGCACGUUGACAUGAUGUGUUCGAUGCUCCGAAGCCGAGGGCAAAAGAAGCAUCUCAUCGUCGUUGCCGUCAGUUCGCCCUACGAUUUCGCCAUGGACAAAUCCAUUGGUACCUACAUCUGCACUUUUGACUUUACUGAAAAUGCCAUGGCAGCUCUGGUCCGUGUUCUAAUUGGCGAAGUCAAACCAGUGGGAAGCUUGCCGGGCACUCUUCGAAAGAGCAAAAAGGUUCUCAAGUCAAGACAGCUUUGGCUUGUGGAGGAGUAUGACCGUGAGCGCGACGCUGCUGGCCUAGACGAUCUACUUAAGGCUAUUCACCGCAGUGGGGGCUCGGAUUUGGACUUUCUUUCCAACACAGGCGCGUCGGCAUUUGAACUAUUCAACUCCAAUAUCAAAGAAGCACACUAUGUGGUGCGAAACAGUAGCACACAGGCACUAUACGGUUUCGUGGCGACGUAUGCGACAGGGGGCGUUGGCAUCCUUGGUGCGCUCAUUGUCGACCCAAGCAAGAGAAACGUAUCGAUUGGCCGAUCACUACACAAACGGGCUCUCAAGGCGCUGUCGCAACAGAGGGGACUCAAAAAGGUGCAGCUCGGCGCCUGCUUCCCUGGUGUCUUCCCGGGUCUUGCACUCGGAGCCGAAGCAGCCACAGUUAAGACGUGGUUCAGCAACAGCGGCUGGGACACACAGUUCCCUAGGCGACUGACCAACAUGAUGAUUGCCGAUCUCGGGAGCUGGACGGCGCCGGAAGGGCUGCUACCCACAAUACAGCGAGCUAACAUUAGUUUCGACCUGAUACAUGGGUUGGACAAUGCCGACACGGUGCUGCACCAUGUGCGCACGGAGAGCGGCCCUGAGGUGGUCGAGCUGUACCGGUACGCCUUGGCGGAGACGAAAAGCUGCGGUAUCGUCCGCGCCAAGGACCCCUCGGGUAAUAUAAUGGGCACCAUUGUCAUAUGCAGACAAGGCAGCCCUUUGGCUACGUACAUUCCUGCCCUGGGAUCCAGAACAGAAAACAUAGCAGGCAUCGUGGCGCCCACUGUGCCACCAGGGCCGCUAUCUACGCUGGUUCUGCAAGGGCUUGCGUUGAUGGGCGUGCGUCAAUGCAAGAGCCAUAAGGCGAGCAAGGCGGUACUGAGCUGGGUCAUCGACGAUACUUCUGAGCCUCUGGUAGCCAUGGGCUUUGAUGCUCUGCAAAGCUUUGAGGAGAUGACCAACUCUCCAGACAUCUUCCAAAACUAA